CUCCGACGACUUUUACAUGCCAAGAGCUCUUCUUUGUGGUUAGAACACCCACCAUCUCAGGCCUUUAUGAACUCCGGCUCCUUUUUUCAGAGGAUUCGCCUUCUUCAGUCCUUCUCUGUUGUUUUCCUCUACUACUUCUAUGUUAUCUCAUGAAUUAGCUCACCUUUGCUCCAAAUAACUGAUUCUCAAGUCAUCCCGAUCUCUAUUUUUGCUCAAGAUUUUCUUGUUUUGAGAGAGAUGACGACUGAGGAAAUUGAUGAGAGGAAGCGGAAGAGGAUGUUGUCCAACAGGGAAUCUGCGAGGAGAUCUCGGAUGAAAAAGCAGCAGCAUUUGGAUGAUAUGAUGAGCCAAAUCUCUCAGUUCAAGGAAGAAAACGAUGGGAUUUUGAACCAGGUGAAUCUGAUCAGUACGAAGUGUUCUACGCUUGAUGCUGAGAAUUCAGCGAUGAGGAGCCGAGUGAUGGAACUGACUGAAAGGCUGAAGUUUCUGAACACCACUCUGAAGCAGGUGGAGGAGAAAAGUGGGAUGGCAAUGGACAUCCCUGAGAUUCCAGAUACAAUACUGAAGCCAUGGCCUUUUACUUGUUCAGUUCAGCCAUUGUUAAGGUCUGCCUAUAUGUUUCAGUGCUGAUUUUUUAGCUAUUAUGGUAGUGAAAUGGAAUAGCUGUAAUCUAUUUUGGUUUCUGUGUUUAAUGAAUUUGAAUUCUCUGCUGUUAACAACUGCAAUCAAUGGCUGCUAUUGGAAUCAAGGUUUUGUAGAAUGAUGGUCUCCUUCAUUUUGUGUA